GGCCCUCCUCCGCAGGCCGCAACGCCUUGGGAAAUAGAGGCGGGAGUGCUGGCUGAAGCCUACUGGGCGCGGGCGGAACAAAGAGCCCGGGGCGAAGUACCGGCCCCGGAGGGGCUCUCCCGUGCCCAGGAGGCGAGGAGGAGGACGACCGUGGAGCUCUGGGCGAGUGGCCCGGAGCUCCACGGUCCACGGAGAAUGCACGCCGAAUAUGACGUGCGAACCAUAGAGGCCAUACGCCCACAGCUCCCGGAAUGGUGUGGGAGGAGCCACGGGUCCCUCACCUUCAGUCUGACACAGGUGCUGUCCGGACACGGCUGUUUCGGGCGGUACCUGUGGAGGAUAGGAAGGGAGGAGACGGCACUGUGCCAUGGGUGCGGCGACCCGGAGGAUACGGCGCAGCACACGCUGGAAGUGUGCUGCGCCUGGUCAGAAGAGCGCCGCACCCUGGUGGCGGCGUUCGGCGACGACCUCUCACUUCCCGGCGUUAUACGCGCCAUGCUAGGAAGUGAGAGGUCCUGGGACGCCGUUGCCUCCUUCUGCGAAGAGGUGAUUUCGCAGAAGGAGGCACCGGAGCGGGAGCGCGAGAGAGACCCUCAGGCGCCCCCGCUCCGACGUCGGAAAGUGGGGAGGAGAAGGCGGCAAUAUGUCGCCGCCCUCCCCCCCCCCCACGAUAGCCCUCGG